CAGAGGUCACAGAUCGGUCUAUGAGUACACCAUCGCUGCAUUUAGCUUCUCUCUACCACUGAAACACUCAUCGGUUCACCACUGACUCACUGUUCAUCAGCGCCUCAGGAACCAGUGCAGGAUCCAUGGAGAACGUGGCGAUAUUUGACGCACCUGGAAAGGGAAGGGGUCUGAAGGCGACCAAGGAGUUCUGGGCUGGAGACGUCAUUUUUGCCGAGCCCAGUGUUGCAGCUGUUGUGUUUGACAGUCUAGCGGAGCGUAUUUGCCACAGCUGUUUCCGCACACAAGACAAGCUACAGAGGUGCGGCCAGUGCAAAUUUGCUCAUUAUUGUGACCGGACUUGUCAGCGCGCCGGCUGGGCCGAACACAAGCAAGAAUGUGGUGCCAUCAAAGCUUAUGGCAAAACACCGAACGAGAACAUCCGUUUGGUGGCCCGCAUCAUGUGGCGCCAUGACAAAGAGGGGAGCGUGAUGUCUGACACGCAGCUGACCACACUGGAGGAGCUGGAGGAUCACAUUGCUGACAUGCAAGAGGACGAGUUGAAGGAUGUAAAAGUGGACAUCCACAACUUCCUGGACUACUGGCCCCGCACCAGCAAGCAGCACACGAUUGACGACAUUUCACAUUUUUUUGGAGUGAUUAACUGUAACGGUUUCACUGUGAGUGACCAGAGGGGCCUUCAGGCAGUGGGAGUUGGUCUUUUCCCAAAUUUGUGUUUGGUGAAUCAUGACUGCUGGCCAAACUGCACCGUGAUCCUCAACCACGGCAAUCAAUCGGCUGUGAAUACUAUGUUUCAUUCUCAACGGAGGAUUGAGCUGCGUUCUCUCGGUAAGAUCGAGGAGGGAGAGGAGCUGACGGUCGCAUACGUGGACUUCUUGAAUUUGUCAGAGGAGAGGCGAAGACUGCUGAAAGCACAAUACUUCUUUGACUGCACAUGCGAGCACUGCAAGGGCCACAUCAAAGAUGACUUGAAGAUGGCGGGCACGGAAGUGGACGGAGUCAAGCCUACAGAGGAACAAGUGAAAGAGGCAACAGAUUAUUGCUAUCAAAUGCUGGAGAAGAUGGACAACGCUCGACUAAGUGGCAACUACCAUGAGGUGGUGAAAAUCUGCAAGGACUGCAUAGAGAAGACGGAGCCAGUUUUGGCUAACACUCACAUCUACCAGGUGCGUAUGUGGAGCACAUUAAGUGAGGUGCAAGCUUACCUGCAGUUCUUCAAUGAUGCUGCAGACUACUCCCGCAAAAUGGUGGAGGGAUACAUGAAACUGUACCACCCUAACAAUGCUGCUCUCGGUAUGGCGGCCAUGCGAGCAGGAGUGACUCACUGGCAAGGUGGGGAGAUAGAGACUGCCCAUGGGAUGAUCUGCAGGGCCUACGGCAUUCUCAUGGUCACCCACGGUCCAACACAUCCCAUCACCAAGGACCUGGAGUCGAUGCGUAUGCAGACGGAGAUGGAGCUGAAGAUGUUCAAGCAGAACGAGUACGUUUACCACAGUAUGAGAGAGGCAGCUCUGAAGAACAAGCCAAUGUCCAUGAUGCAUGAACCCAGGUCUGUGGAGGAGGGAAUCAAGAAUCUCUUCCACCGGAGGAAGUAAAAAAAAAAAAAAAAAAAAAAAAAAAAAAAAAAAUCAAGAAUGAACCAUCCCAUUGUUUACUGUUGACAGUUUGAGUGUUGGUGUGUGAGUCUGCACAUUUAGUCACAAGGUCAUUUUGUUUAUUAAAAAGAUCUCACGUGGUACUUGUACACUUUAUUUUCAAUACUCCAAAUCCAGUGGAAGCGCUGAAAGUAGCAGUAUUAUUUUUUUGAAAGUAUGCAGUAGCUCUAUUGCCAUCAAUAGUUUAGCUAUACGCUCCUGAAGUCAGAUACAUUUUAACCAGGUAAUUUAUUACCAGCAUGAAAGAAAGUUUAGAAGCCCAACCAGCUUUUGAAUAAUUGUUAGCUGCACACAUGUAAUGAAAUGGGGAUAUUUCAUUGAGAAAGUGGUUUUGUAAUAUACGUCUUGUGCCAAAGACGAUUUAAUCUCGUCAACCCAGUGGACUACAGGCAUGUUCUUCAAUCCCCGCUUUACUUUUUGCACCGUUUUCAAUUCUGCAACACACUUACAAAACACCACACAAGGUUUCUCACAUUAAACACUUUCAAGAACGAAAUCUCAUGCAAUCUUUGGGGAAACAAUUAAAAAUGCUCCUUGAAUUGGCAACACACAGAUAAACAAUUAAUUGAACACAAGUCAAUGUGACCCUCAGCACAAGAAAGACCUCAAGUUACCUCACGCGAACAACAUUGCGUGUGCUGUGGAGGAGGCGAUGCGGCCAGACCCCAACAGAAGGCAGGGUCCAAAACUAAUUUCCAUUGCAGGCAUUUUACAAUAAGCCAUUAAUUCUACUUCUGUCUGUUGUGAAAACAUGCAAUUGCAAAAAUAAAACAAAAGCAUUUUAUUCAGAUU